CCUUCGCCCAGGACAAAAUGGACGAUCUCUUCCUCUCGGCAAUGGCGACGGUCUCUAUGACCCUCUUUCUCUGGCUUGUUCUAAGGGUGUUCUAUUCGGUGUGGUGGAGACCCAAGGCUCUGGAGAGAGAGUUGAGGCAGCAAGGGAUCAGAUGCCGGCCCUACAAGCUCCUGCUGGGCGACAGAUUAGCGGAGGGGAAGUCCAUGGCGGACGCCUGGUCCAAGCCCAUGAAUCUGACUCACAGCAUUGUGCCACGUGUCCUCCCCUUCAUUCAUCAAACUGUGCAGGAUUACGGUAUGCGAAAACCCACCGAAUAAGCUAACCAGCUUGGGGGAAAUCAAGGUCCUCCACCCUUCUUGAUUGACUGUCAUUUUAUAUGUAAUUUCUAUUAAUCUAAAAUUUCAUGUCCGAUCCUUGGUUUUGAUGAUACUCUGUAAUUUAAUAUCUAGUGCAUACAAAAAUGUGUUUUAAGAAGUAUAACUCUGCAUACAAACUGUUUUCUCGGAAUAAAAAGAGAAAAAGAAAAACUGUGUAUAGAAACAGAUGCAACUCUGUGCAGGGAUUAAACAUAGGUUCACUGUAAGUUCUCAGUUUUAUUUCCUACUCUUCCUUGCUGAAAUGUGUUUACCAUGCUGUACUGUUGUUCUUGGAGCUUUCAUAAACUGCGUCCUUUCUGGAAUUCCACAUAUUUUUCCAGCAUCAACUGACUAUUUUUAAACUGUUGCUUUCUGUGUAUUCUUUUGUUGGGAAGCUCAGGCAAGAUGUCGGCCAUCUGGGUCGGGACAACACCAGGACUGGUCAUAUGGGAUCUGGACCUCAUGAAGGAGAUCCUGUCAAACAAAUCGGGCCACUUUCGGAUUCCGCCGCCACCAAAUCCUUAUAUGAAGAUGUUGCCGCAAGGGGUUACCAUCCUUGACGGGGAGAAAUGGGCUCAGCACAGGAGCAUCAUCAAUCCUGCUUUUCACCUCGAGAAGUUGAAGGCAAUGAUACCAGCAUUUUUGGUUAGUUGUACGGAGAUGAUCAAGAAAUGGGAGAUGUUUAUUGGUGAUCGUGUAUCGUAUGAAAUCGAUGUAUGGCCAGAGCUCCAAGAACUUACUGGAGAUAUCAUAUCUAGAACAGCCCUUGGUAGCAAUUACAUAGAAGGCCAAAGAAUAUUCCAGCUUCAAAGGGAACAGAUCGCAUUGAUCCUUGAAUUAUCGCAAAUGCCAUAUAUUCCAGGAUUUAGAUUUUUACCGACGAAAAAGAAUAAGCAUGUAAAGCAUUUGGACGUACAAAUCAAAGCCUUGCUGAGAGAUUUGAUCAAAAAGAAAGAACUAGCUAUUAGAAUGCGAGACUGCAGAAUUGAUGAUCUGUUGGGCUUGAUGUUGCAAUCCAACUGUAGUGAUCAGCAAACACAUGUUAAUGAUUCAAGAUUCAAAGGUUUGACAACUGAAGAGGUGAUGGAGGAAUGCAAGCUUUUCUAUUUUGUUGGACAUGAAUCUACCUCUGUCUUGCUCACGUGGACAAUGGUUCUCCUUGCUAUGAAUCCAAUAUGGCAAGACAGAGCACGGGAAGAGGUUCUAAAGAUAUUAGGGAGAAGUGCACCAAACUUUGAAAGCAUAGGCGAACUUAAGAUUAUAAACAUAAUACUACAUGAAAUUUUAAGAUUAUAUCCAUCGGUGCCCAUUCAAUACCGGUAUACAUAUAGAAGAUCAAAGAUCGGAGGGGUCUCUCUCCCUGCAGGUGCGAACCUUUUGCUGCCUACACUUCUUGUCAACCAUGAUCCUGAGAUCUGGGGCACAGAUGCUGAAGAGUUCAAACCACAGAGGUUUUCCAGGGGCGUCUCAAACGCUUCAAAGAAGCAAGCGGCAUUCUUCCCAUUUGGCUGGGGGCCAAAAGCCUGUGUGGGCCAGAACUUUGCCCUUAUAGAAGCAAAGCUUGCUCUGUCAAUGAUCUUGCAGCACUUCUCAUUUGAGCUCUCACCCACCUAUAUUCACUCUCCUUACUAUCUUCUUACCGUUCAACCACAACAUGGAGCUCAGAUCAUACUCCGCAAAGUCUAAGAUGACGGAGUCCCGAUUGUAAUGUAUACUGGCUUAUUCGCAUGAUCCUGUUACUUUUAUUGUCAUGAGAACACCAUUGCCAUAGCUGUAUACAUGAUGAACGUUUCCGGAACGAAACACUUC